GUGGGAUCAAGCAGUACUGGACUUUUCAGAGAUACUACGCUGCCGUCCAGACGAUAUCCACGGACGAUUCAGUCGUGGUAUGGCGCUCUUCAAGAGUGGCCGGGUAGACGACGCCCACAGCGACUUCUCACGCGUCCUCGAGUUGAAUCCAAAUCAUGUUAUGGCGCGUUACGCUCGUGCUGGCUGCUACAACUCCGAGGGGGAAUUCAAUCAAGCAAUUCAAGAGUACAUGCUAGCUCUGCAACAUGAUGAGAACGAGAACGCCAGGGGCUUUCGAGCUGAGAAGCGUCGAAUAGGAAUGCAUGAAAGUGCAGAACACCUGAUCAGGAAGACCAUGGGAGGCUCUACACGCUCACGAAGAGCAAGUCUAAGCUUACAACCACCCAUCAGCGACAGUGUUGUCAUCAGCUCUCCUGUGUCAGUGCAACAACCAAGGCCUCAACCGACUCAAGAUGUGCGAUCUCACUCAGAAUCGGCUGCUGGAAAGAGACCGAGAAAAGUGAUGCAGGUUCGUGUGAACUUGAGUGAGUUCUCAGCUCCAGCUCCUCAAAGUAAUAUCGAGUUAAACCCUGCACCUCCGCAAAUUCUGCAGAAGGUGGUAAAUUCUGGUACUACAGAAGCCCCUGAAACCUCUUGUGGUAACAACCAGAUUCAGCCUCAGCGGACGCAAACUCCUCGAGUUUUAGCUGUUCGAGCAGUACCAAAGACAGUCCGUAGGGUCACGGUAGCGCUGUAAGAAUUAAUUCAGGGUUACAGUAUCUCCUCGCCAUCCACGUGACCACCUCAAACGAUCACGUCACGACCAACAGAACGAUCUCAUGUAUCAUUCAGAGCUUCUUUGGAUCCAGCGCCUGCGUGAGCACUGCGAUGUAGUCUUCGUAGUAAAUUCGUCCCGUCGGAGGAUCCUUUGCUGCUGCAAGGAAUGCUGAAAGGAAUACGAUGAUUUUGUUAGUAAUAAAACAGCAACAAGAAAAAAAAUGAUAUUCACUA